AUGUACUCGGGAAUCGAGGAUUCCACUCGGAUCCACCCGGAGGAUGUUAGCGAGAACACAGUAGAGCAGUGGAUGAUGGGCAUUACUGGUAACAAGGAUAACCCCAGGGGGUCCAGGAGGGUGAUUCCAUUCGACCAUUUGCGCAACCCGGAGCAGGAUCUUGUUGAUAUGUAUUCCAUACCCAACGGAGAACAGGAACAGGAUCCCGAGGGAGAAGCGAGCGGAGGUGAGAGUGGCGAGUGGCACUCGGAUGAAGAGGAGGAUGAGAGCGACGACUCGAGUGACGAGGAGGAAGUCGACUCGCCUCCUCGCAGAGAAAGGAGGUCCAAGCACACUCACGACCCAGAAAGCGCUCCCAACCUGGUGGUCGCCCCGGCUGGGGAGUCUUCAAAGCGCCCUCGGACAUCUUCUCCAGUGCCGACUAAGAAGACACCGAAGCAGCCUAAGACCGUGCCCCCUCCAGCGCCGAAACCAUCGAAGGCCGCAUCCUCCAAACCGCCGAAGGCUUUUCCCAAAAUCAAAGUGACCGUUCCCACCAUCUCGGGUGCCGCCACCUCUGGGACUUCCUCCCGCCAAUAA